GGCCGCGCGCGCUGCCUGCGCCAGUCUCGUCUCUGCUCGCUCGCACGAUGGUCGCCCCCCGCCUCACGUCGCUCGCGCUGCUGCUGCUGCUGGCGCUGGCCGCCGCCGCGCCGCACCCGCGCAUGCGCCGCCAGCUCAUCGACGACGACGCGCUGCAGCCCAUCGAGGACGGCGCCGGUGACGACCAGACGAGGGAGAAGCGCAAGCUGGAAGGCGUCACGCAGGCCAAGUUCGGCAUCAAGAACGCAGUCCUCGGAUUCGUGUUCGGGAAAAUCAACUCGCUGAUUGACGCGAAGACACGAUUGGUGGACACGCUGGACAAACAGAACAUCGAGCUGAACAAACAGUACGGCAUCGAGGCGCCGCAGAACGGACUCGCGUCGCUCAGCGGCAUCGUGGGCCAGGUCAUCGGGCCCAAGCUGCAGCUGCUGGGGCCUAAGAUCCAGGCGGUGACGGGGCUGCUGGGCGGCGCGUCCGGCGGCUCCGGCGGCUCAGGUGGGGGCGGGCUCGGCUCCAUCAUCUCGCUCGUCACCUCGCUGUCGGGCUCCUCCUCGGGCGGCGGCGCCGGCGGCACCGUCGAGACCAUCGACUCCUCUGAGGAGGACGACUCGUGAUCGCCGCGCCUUGUCCAGCACAGUCCUUGUACAGGCGGAGCGCCCCCUCCGCACUGCUAGCGUAGUGCACCCCGCCUGUACGAGUCCGACUGUGUCGCUCCCUCCCCCUUGGGCCGCCUGUACAGUCCGCGGCCCCCCCCCGUGCCGGCGGCGCGCCGCCCUCUACGUUUUGUAUUUAUAUUGUAAAUAGGUUUAGGUGAGCGUUGGUGAUAUUAAAUGAUUCCUCGGAA